CUGGGGCUGCAGGAGUGACGGCCCACUCUGAAGAGGGAGCCCUUCUCCAGGUUCUUUCCCUCCCUUCCUGAUCCUUGCCACCAGAUGCAGGAUGCUGUCCUCUCCCUGCGUGUUGGCAUGCUCACGGACUUGCUCCCGCAUCUUGGGGUUGAGUCUCGGGACUGCAGCCCUGUUUGCUGCUGGGGCCAACAUGGCACUCCUCUUUCCUAAUUGGGAUGUUACCUACCUGUUGAGGGGCCUCAUUGGUAGACAUGCCAUGUUGGGCUCUGGCCUCUGGGGAGGAGGUGUCAUGGUACUCACUGCAGCUAUUCUCAUCUCCUUGAUGGGCUGGAAAAAUGGCUGCUUCAGUAAGAGUGGGCUCUGUCUAAAUGUGCUUACGGCCCUGUUGUCAAGUGGCCUGGCUUUACUUGGAGCCUUAAUUUGCUUCAUCACUUCUGGAGUAGCUCUGAAAGAUGGUCCUUUUUGUAUGUUUGAUGUCUCAUCCUUCAAUCAAACACAAGCUUGGAAAUAUGGUUACCCAUUCAAAGACCUGCAUAACAGAAAUUAUUUGUAUGACCAUUCACUCUGGAACUCCGUCUGCCUGGAGCCCUCCAAAGCUGUUGUUUGGCAUGUGUCCUUCUUCUCGGCCCUUCUGUGCGUCAGCCUGCUCCAGCUUCUCCUGGUGGUCAUUCAUUUCAUCAACAGCUUCCUGGGCCUUUUCUGCAGCCUCUGUGAGAAGUGAAAGGCAACGCCCUUUCACGCAUGGGUGUUUUCAUCAUAAGCUACCAAAAACCCUUUCUGCAAGUAAUGGGCUUGAAUUAUAAACAAACUUCUCUUUUA